GAGCAUUGAUACCUUCGACCCUCAGAAAACUGCGUGCCGCCAUUGCCAUCCUGCGACUCCUACCCGCUGAUGCCCACGCGCGCGAGCAUGGAAGCUGGUGCCAGCAAGGAAGCAAUGUGCAUUGCAUGCAAGAACGACGGCCAACAAAACCGAAGCGGCGAUGCUCCGCGACAGAGAAGCUGGACGAUCAGCCAAAGCCUGUCGGCACCGGCGGAAGCGGAGCUCUUGCGCAUCACCUCCCCAAGCAACACGGGAGCGUGAAGCCGUCCAGCAGCUGCUUCGGGAGGGCAUGCACAAGGGAUGGAGUCAUGUACUAUCCCAAGAACGAAGCAACGUAG